AUGGUAACAGGUACAAAGCCAGACGGAUCAGAGGGUAAAGCAUGGGAAGAAAAGGAUUUAAUCGCACAGGAAGUAAUUGUGAGCCGAAUCGAUGAGAGCGUCAUGAUUCAUUUGCUGUCAUGUUCAACUAGUGCAGGUAUGUGGGAAAAAUUAGUCACAAUAUUUGAACCAAAAUCGAAAGUUAGCGUCCACUUAACACUUCAAAGGUUUUACAAUCUCCCAUUCGAAGAACCUGUUAUAGUAUUUAUCUCCAGACUAGAUGAACUAACGCACAACAUAAAGAGUAUGGCAUGGGAAUCAGUUCAGCAACCAACGCUUACAGAAUUGACAUCAAGAUUAAUGAUUGAAGAAGAAAGAAGUAAGAGUGAGUAUGGGGAGAAAUCAAUAGCUUUUAUUGGUGCAAGAAGACAACCUAGUGAGAGAUUAAGAAAGGCAGGAGCACAAAGAUGGAUUGGAGCUGGAGGACGACCCGAUAAGGAAGUUAUAAGUGUGAGUGAAGAAAGAAAUGAUAUCUUGAAAUAUGAUGAGAAUUUUAUGGAAGGCAAAGGUAAAAAUGAUAACAUGGAGAGAGAAAAUACUCAAGAUAGUUUUCAAGAGGAGAGAGAGAAUACUCAAGAUGACUUUCAAGAGGAGAAAGAAAAUACUCAGAAGAGAGAAAAUGAUGAUAUAGGAAGGGAAAAUCAACCGACAAAUAAUGAAAUUGAAGAGGAAGAAUAUGAAACAGGUAAGGAAAGUAGUGAAGACAGUGACAAAGAGAAGGAGAACAUGAAAGAAGAUACAAAGAAGAAAACAGAAAGCCAAAUUGUAAAAACAAACAAGAAGGAUAUGACAGAAGGAGACCAAGGAAAGAGGAAAAUAAGAAAACCUAGAUGGUUUGAAGACUAUUACACGAGUUUUACAGUUCUAAAUGAAAACAAAUUGGCAUUUAUAGAUGCAAUAAAAGGUGAAGAAUCUGAUGAAUGGAAGAGAGCUAUAGAAGAAGAAUUUGAAGCUUUGAGAAGAAAUCAUACAUAG